GACCACCUACCGUUUCCCAUCGCCAAUUUUUCUUGGAAUUGGACAGAUGGCAGCUACCAUAAUGAUACUGUAUGUGUCCAAACUAAAUAAAAUAAUUCACUUCCCUGAUUUUGACAAGACAGUUCCCCUGAAGCUGUUUCCUCUACCUCUCCUCUACGUUGGAAACCACAUAAGUGGAUUAUCAAGCACAAGUAAAUUAAGCUUGCCAAUGUUCACUGUGCUCAGGAAAUUUACCAUUCCACUUACUUUACUCCUGGAAACCAUCAUACUUGGGAAACAGUAUUCCUUGGACAUCAUCGUCAGUGUUUUUACCAUCAUACUUGGUGCCUUCAUAGCAGCUGGUUUUGACCUGGCUUUUAACUUGGAAGGCUAUAUUUUUGUAUUCCUGAAUGAUAUCUUCACAGCAGCAAAUGGAGUUUAUACCAAACAGAAAAUGGACCCAAAGGAGUUAGGGAAAUAUGGAGUGCUUUUCUACAAUGCCUGCUUCAUGAUUGUACCAACUCUUAUCAUUAGUGUCUCCACAGGAGACCUUCAGCAGGCCACUGAAUUCAAUGAAUGGAAUAAUGUUCUAUUUAUCAUACAGUUUCUUCUUUCCUGUUUUUUGGGCGCAGUGCGGCACACAUCCAAGCCUUUGCUUCCUUGCCCCAGGUUUCUGUUGAUGUACUCCACAGUUUUGUGCAGCUAUUACAAUUCAGCCCUCACGACUGCAGUGGUUGGAGCCAUCAAGAAUGUAUCCAUUGCCUACAUUGGGAUGUUAGUUGGUGGAGACUACAUUUUCUCUGUGUUAAACUUCGUAGGGUUAAAUAUUUGCAUGGUAGGGGGCUUGAGAUACUCCUUUUUAACUUUGAGCCGCCAGCUCAGCCCUAAACAACCUGUGGAUGAAGAAAGCAACCCUCUGGACUGGAAGAGUUAGGACCUGGGGCGGACUCGCAGCCUGGCGCGCAGCCUGGACACACAGCGCGGUCUUCCCACGUGUAGGAAUGUGGAGCCCGGUGGUCUGGUCGUGGACAACACUCACCUCCCUGGUUAAAGCAGCACCGGAACGUCUGCAAAAUGCAGAGAGAAUCUACCUCACGUGCUGCUGCACAGCGAGCCCUCGUCAGCCCUGAGAAGUGUAUCCAGGCAGAGCCUUCCCAUCUAAGAGUGAAUCUUUCAGAGUACACCGCUGGUUAGAGGGAUGGCUUCCAAAGUCUUGUACAGGCAGAGCACUGACCGGUUGUACCCGUCCACAUACCUGUGCUGUUGCUGUUUGCCAGUGCCAUGUGUGCUAAGAGGACGGGAAGGUCGAUGGUGUGAAAGUGAUUCUUAUCAGCACCUUGGCCUUAAUUUCAAAGGUCUCAUCCAAAGCAAAGUGCCAGUGAGAGCAUUUUUUCAGUUAAAGCAGACUUGUCUUUAUUUUAAUAAGGUUAGCCAGUUAACUGCAAGUGAUGUGUUAGCUCAGAUUUGAUUUUAUUUGUUGGUAUCUUUUCCCAAUCAUCAAAGUAAAAUAAAAAGUAUUUUAUACACAUGCCUCAUACUGUGAUAUUAUUGUAGAUAGGCUGAAAGACAGUAAGUCAGUUAUUCACUCUGCCUUCAGGGUGAUCUUCCUUUUAAGGCUCACGCUGGAAAAAACUUAUAAAAUAACUCAACAGGAAAAAACCUCCAUGUGUCCUGUUAAUAUCUAAGUAACUCCUGUUUCUCUCCCAUCUCCCUAGGUUUGUUCAGGGGGCUUUGACAUUCAGAUCACUUGGACUUUAACCAAAGGUAC